AUAAGAUUACAAAAUGUUUCUGAAACUGAUCAAAACUCUGUGUUGCAGAAACGACGACCGCAUAUAAAAAGUUAUUCCCCUUCGCAAAAGUAUUCUCAUACACACGAACGUUUUCCGAUUAAGGCGAGAAGCACUUACGAUUCGAAGGGACGACAUUCUAAACGGAGCUAUUCAGAACUUCAACAAAACAAUAAAUAUUAUGGCACUACAUCAUGCUUGAAAGAAGACGCGUUUGGUUCGCUGGAAUCUCUCUUCGACUUAAAAAAAUCUUUGAAUUUGCGUGAUGCGUAUCCAUUAGCGUUCAAUAUCUGUAAUGAAAAAUUAUUCAAAGUUUCUAAUACCACAAAAUCAGAACCUCUUAUAGAAACGUUAUUUUUGCAAUCUUUUUCGCAACAGAUCGACUCCGAUCCGCAUAUUUUCAAACCGUAUAAAGACUAUGAAAGGACAAAAGAAGAGAAUGUAAGAAAUCAAAUAAAAACAAUUCAAAAUUUCCAAACAAAAACGUCAACAUCCGUGCGAAAAUUACAGCAAAACAAUUUAAUUUACAAUCAACAAUAUAAUUCAAUAAAUAUGGCCGAAAUAGAAGACAGUGAAAUAUUAGAAGAACAACCUGAGAAAGAAAAGGAAUCAAUAGCUAUCGUAGAUGAAGCACCUACUACAAUGAUAGAUCUUGCAGAGGAUAAAACCGAAAAGAGAAAUGAAAAUGAAGACAUAAGUAAAGACAAAGACAGAGUUGAAGAAGGUAAGAUUGCAGAGGAUAAAACCGAAAAGAGAAAUGAAAAUGAAGAUGAAAGUAAAGACAAAGGCAGAGUUGAAGAAGAUAAGAUUGAUGACACAAUUAAAGAUGAGGAUAAAAUUGAGAGAAUAGAAGAUAAAUCUACCCACGAUUGUUCAAAAUUAUUACAAGUAUGAUUUAAAAUUGCAGACAAAAUAAUGAAAUUUGAUGAAUUUGCAGAUAAUCAGAUACCAACAAUCAUCUCACCUGUUUCAACUGAAGAUAUAAUUAAAGAAUUAAAAGAAAUGAAUGAGAAAUGUAUUAUAUUAGCAGAGGAGAUUCAAAAUCUGAAGCGUGAAGUUCAAGAGUUAUUAGAUAAACCCGAAUUAACAGAGGAAGACACGUUAAUAAUUCAAGAGAAGCAAGAUAUCCUCAUGUCAAAAGUAGCUGAACUCGAACAGCUGACACAAAAACUUGAAAAAACACGAGAAAAGCUAAAACAAAUUGAAGAUGUAAGCGUCGAGAUGGAAGAAGUUAUAGAAGAAAAGGAAGAGGAAGUUGACAAGGAAAAAAAAGACAUAGAACCCUUAAAAAGGAUUCCCGAGGAGGAUCGCUUUGAGUUACCGCAAAUAGCCUACCCUGAAGAUAAACUUCCAAGAGUGAUUGUUUGCGGUUACACGGAAGAUAUGCUUCCAAAAAUCGUCAUAGCAGAUGGCGAGCGAAAAGGGAGAGAAAAGUGUUUUGAAAAAUUAACUGGAAAACUGACAGAAUCCUUAACGAUGCAAGAAAAACUAGUUAAGGAAAACGCACAACUGGAAGGGGGAAAGUACAAGCUAGAGGAAGCCUUACUGGAGAAGGACACGGCUCUCGAGAGUUUACAGAGGAAGGUAUGCGCCCUCCAGGCAGAAAUGCGUAUAAUUGUCAAAGAGAAUACGGAGCUGAGCCGUCAAUUGUCCAAUUUGAAUCAGUUAGUGAUUAGUUCUACCUGCUGUUACACCUGCCCAGGUGUUGCUUCGUCUCCCCCAUUGACACCGCCAUCAUUACCUCCUCGUCCGCAUGUCAGUACGCAACCUCAGGACGACGUUUACUGCCGAUGCAAAUGUUGUCUUCAGUUCGUUGAUACUCUAUCACCGACUACGGAAACCGCAUGCAAUUCACCAAGGCUCACGGGAGGCGGCUCGAGAACGGACGAUCGUUGUUUCGUAGAUAACAAUCCUUUGCAAAACGUGGAGAUGUAUUCCCGCGGUCCAGCUAUUGUUAAGCCACCACUUCCUCGGGGACCGUGUCCCGCAGAACUGGAAGAUAAACUCGCCACCUAUGGUACUAGCACUAAACAACUGGAACAACAGUUAGGUAGUAUGGAAACCGAGGUACGUAAUAUGCAGAUGGAGUUAGCGAAUGUGCAACGAGAGCGGCAACAACUGGAACAACAACGUAAAUUGCUCAAGUGUACUGGACCUUGUGCACCAUGUGCUUGUUGUCCACCUCCACCCUCGACGUGUGUGACCCCGGGACUUGCGUUGAAAGGGCCUAAAAUUUCAUUGACCACCUUGAAUAAAAUCACAGAAUAUCAAUGAUUUUAGAGCAGUGUUAGCGCUCAACAGCAAUUACGCGAUCUUCGCGAACAAUAUGCCCGUCUUCAGGAUGAUUAUAAGAGCAAAUUAUGCGAGGUAUCAUGUAUGAGAACAGAAGCGGAAAAGUUCAAACAGGAUACGCGGGAUGCAAAGGAAGAGAAAGAACGAAUGGAGAUAAAAUUGAUAGAUGUUCAAGAACGGCUGAAGCUUUUAGAAACGGAAAGAGGAAAAUUUGAAGGUCAAAAGGAACAACUCAUCGAACAGGAACAGUCUUUAAUGGUGGCGAAACAACGCUUUCGUGAAGCGCAGGAUGAAUUAGAGGAGCUUCGUUCUUUGAUUCAGGAUCAAGCUGCCCAACUGGAAGAUUAUCGCAAUAAAUAUUUACAAGCCCAGCAACAAGUUGAAGAACAGCGUCGACAGCUGGAUCUUAUGGAAAUGGAUAAUGCACGAAUGAAUGAGAAUGUAACUUUAGAAAUUGGACGGGUUAAAAAUCAAUUUCAAGAAAAAUUAGCCGAACUUGCACCGCUACCCGAUAUCCUGAAACAAAUGCAAAUAAAGAUGCAAGAAGCGCAACAGAUGCGCCUAGUCGCUGAACGCAACUGCGAAGAUCUGUCACGGGAAUUGCUAGGAUGCAAGGAUAAGAUUCAAACUUUGCAAGAUCAGUUAGACAUGUUGCGUCCAGAACAUCAGGCACUUCAGGAUAAAAAGAAUCACGAAUCCGCUAAAUUCGAGGAGAUAGAAAGAAAGUGCAGCGAGUUGCGACAUGAAAAUGAGAGAAUGAAAAACACAUUGGCACGAUUUGACGAACAGGAAGCGCAGUUGCAAAAACGCAUCGACGAGAAAAUGCACGAGAACACGCAACUGUCGUCGAUGUUGGAGCAGAUAAGAGAGGAUUCUGCUCGGCAAGUAGCGAGAACGAAGGAACGAUGCGAAACUAUGCGAAGAUCGAUGCAAGGCCAGAUCGCUGAAAUGGAAAGACAAUUAGCACAAUGUAGAGCAACGGCACGUGCUGCUCAACGUGACAGAGAUGAGAUCAGACAAAAGAUGCAGAGUCAAAUAAAUAAUUUGAACGAGGCAUUUAAACACGCGCAAGGCCGCAUAAAAUCCUUACAAGGCCACGUAAAUUAUCUCAAGACUUCUUAUAGUAAUAUCUUUCUCGGCCAAGGAGAAACACCGACAGGUGCUUUGCCAGCAGACGAUUCCUGCGAUUGCAACUAUUAAAAACUACACAUAUAAUUUUUCAAUAAUAAUGAUAUAUUUUUGUUUAACGUAACGAAAUCGAAGUAUACUAUUUUGUUGCAGCACUUAAAUCUCGUGCAUUUAUAUUCUAAAUAAUAUGACAUCCUAAUAAACAACUGAGAAAAUUGAUUGAUAAUUGUUAUAUCAUCAUCAUUUUUAUAAAUAUAUGUGUAAA